AUGGCCAUGGCCACCUUCAUCUUUAGGGCCCUGCUAGCAAGAGGAGAGAGCAAAAUCCACCGGCUCCCCUGCCACCCCGGCACCGGCCACUCCUUUCCAGCCCAAGCCCCGGUGGGCCCUGCGCACAGUUCGGAAGGCAGGAGCCCUGGAGAAACAGAGCUGGCCACGCCGGCAAGUCAAGCAAACAAACAAGCACAGGAUUUAAAUACAAACCACCACCCGAGCCAGCAGCACCCUGGCAAACAAGGCCGCUCAGCAUCUGCUGUACCUGUUCCCGCUGCCUUCAUCUCGCCUUGGAACCGUGACAAGAGAGAAGCGUCGCCUCUGGUGGGCUCUCUCAGCCUCGGGUCUGCAACCCUGUGCAGGAAGUUGGCACCGAUCCCAGGCUGCUGUGAAGAGAGGCCGCGGAGCAAGCAUCACAUUUGCAAGGUCUUCACCAUCUCUUGUGGAAUCCUGCAACCUGUACAAAACUCUCAUGGGACAUUUCCAUCUCCAGAGCGGCAGGGACAGACAAACACACUGCCCAGCACAUGUACAAACCUCAGUGAGCUUCACAUCUGGGAAGAUGCGGCUGCCUUUGCUUCUCCUCCACAUCCCGGCUCCCCCUUCCCACACUGCAGAGCGGAUUCAUCGCCGCUUUCACAGACGACAAAAGUGACGAUUAAAAGGGCUGGCUCCUUAUAAUCAUCCAUUAAACCUUCUCAAAAUCCUAAACUCUUUGCCAUUUCAAAGCUGGUCUUUCUCAGGAGGAACAAUGGGACUGGGUAAGUCUAACAGGAACCACCUGGCUUGGUGUUACUUGUUUUGGGUAGUUUCCCUCCAACGCUACCAUGGGGACGUAUUUUGCCCCGAUUCCUAAGCUGGACUUGCCAACCCUGACAGAGAAACCAGCCACCCUCCCUCCAGGACACCUGAGCUGUUCCCCAGCUCCAACAGACACCACCAGGCUUAAGCAACAGAAUCCCAGGUUUCCAGUAGUAUUUCGUAUGAGCUUUAGGCCUGCUCUACACUACACCGUUAAGUCAACACAAGGAACCUUACGUUGACCAAGUUGUGGAUGUGUCAUUUAGAAGAUCAGUCUCUUCUAGAUGACUGACCACUUGGGCGGGUGCUUAAGACAGAUCUUGUUAAGAACAUAAGAACGGCCCUACUGAGUCCAUCUAGCCCAGUAUCCUGUCUUCCGACAGUGGUCAAUGCCAGG